AUGGGAUGGAAUAGGAACAUGUGUCGAGACCCAAAUACUACUCCAGUUCAAGUCGAAUGCAUGAUCAUCAAAAGAGAAAAUGCUGAACUAACCCUGCGACAAGUUAGGGCUCAGGCAGCCAAGCCGGUCAAGCUGGGCAAAGCUAGCUUGAUAAACAUGCAGGAGCUCGGCUGCAUCUUCACUAACUUGGUUCCUUCGACUCGGAACAUGUCGAGGCAGGAUGUGCACAUCUACGAAAUGCUGCAGAUGCUCAAGCGAUGGAAAACUGGCAAAGAACUUGAUACAUUUUCCGCCCAAAGAGUAGAGGUGAGUGCAAGGGAAUGCAGAUGUGGGCACGGAUGUAUGAGUGUGCUGCUGGGGUUUGGGAAUGAAGUAUAG